AUGAUUCCAAUCGGCAUAACCUGCAAGGAUAUCGAGUGCUACCAACGGAGAGAUUCCAGAAAUAUGAGAAAGGCGGUGAAACUGGACGCUAUGGUGAAGUGGCAGCAGGUGUGGACAAUGUAUAAUGGAAGGUGGACCCAUCGCUCAUCCCCAAAUCGACGUGGAUCAUCUAAUGCUCGCCAACCUGAGCGUACCCCAGAGGUGCUGUUUGAGUUUCAUGAUCUGAACAACCACAAGAAUUAUCCGACACACGUAACUGAACGCCAUCAGGGGGACCUAUUAGAUUAUGAGGAUACAACGCGCCGUAUUGUUUUACCUGUGGAAAGUCAAGCUAAACUGGACAAUCUGGAGAUUUUCUCAAAACAGCGGGAAGGAAGGGCAGCACUGCGCAAAACAUUCAACGAUGAAACUUCAAAUGAUCCUUACGAUUUCCUGCGCACCAAUGUGGAUCGAGUGUUCAUGCACGCGGAACACUAUUCGUGGACGGGCAAAAUUGCACAUAACGCAAAAUACGAAAAGCAAAUGCGAGCUGCUUGUAACCUGAACAUUAUUCGUAUUCUGAUUGAUGUGACGAUGCAGCGAUUCAACAUUUCGCGUGAUGAUUGCAUUCAAAAGAUAGUGAAGGUUUUCCAAAACUUCAAUGCCAAACUUCAUGCCAGACAAAAGCGGGCAAAAGAAGGUAUUAAUACACCGCCGAAAGUUCCAAAUCCCAUGGUCAAGAAAAUAGUAGCCGAAUAAUGUGGUAGGUACAGGAGUAUGAUUACUUUAGGAAACUUUCUACUGGGAAGUAAUUGAUGUUAUAUGUUAUACUCCGCAAAUUGCUUUUCACCAAAUCCUGUUGAUGUCAUUCUUCAAUACCAAUAAGACAGCUUGAUAUAAUUCAAGAAACAAAUAA